AUGCAGACUGUCGGGAGAAGGGGAGGCGCGCUGGUGGGAUGUCGCCUCUGGAAGACGCUGCUUCUUAUUUUCCUGUGGAAAGUGUCUGACAGCCAAGCAGGAGCAGCAGGAGCAGGACCGGGGGGAGGGCCCGACUCCUACCAGCCCCGCUUCUCCUCCUCCGUCCCCACCUACCUCCCCGUGCAAUGCCAGCUCAGUGGUGCAGACUCCGCCUUCUUCCUGCGGGAAUCCAAUCAGGAUGUGAUGCGAAACGGCAGCCUGUCAUCGCGGACCGAGCCCGUCUUCCUCCACCAACUGGAACCCGCCGUUGCCGCCCCGCAAUCCCUGCCGAGCGUCAACUGCAACUACGGAAACCUGAGCAUCGAGCAGCCAAUCCCAGUGGAGCUGCUUCAGGGUCCUCCACCGCACCUGCUGCUGACAACCGACCAGGUGACUCUGAACUGGAAGGUCAAAGGUCAAGUGGUGGUGCCCAGAGUUGGUUCAACACGGCCCUGGAUACAGGUGCUGUUUUAUCUGGUAGGGCGUCGUUGGGAUGAGCCGGACCCGCCUCCUCAAGCCCUCCUCCCAUGUGUCAGAGCCGUGGCCAUUCGCGACACCAGUGAAGCAGCACCCUCGGCGGGCUGCCGACUCGUGGGACCAUCUGGCAUCUGUGUGGUCCGUCUCGAGAUUCCCCCAGCUUGGUUUACACCGCCGCAAGCGAGAAAAAGACCUCCUGAAGUGACUCUACCAUCACUGGAUGUGUAUUACUCAAUCAUACCAGUGGAAGGGGCUGGUCAGGAGUGUCCCUCCAUCGUUAAUGAGCCGUGGAGAGGACAGAGUGCGAACGUCGGGCCUCUUGGCUUGGGCCUCGGCGGACAGUGGAGCCCCCUAGUGGAUGGGGGUCUUCAAGACAUGCUGAAAGCUGGUUCUGUGGUGAUGACCACGGGCCCGGUUUCUGCCAAAGGAGAAAAAUUGAGACUUGAUGAAAACGUGGAGGUUCUGGUGCCUCCCAGUCCGGUUCGCCUCGGCAGGACGGUGGCGUUCGGCGUCUACAUGAAGACGGGUUCAAACACGGAACAGUUCACGUUGAGGGUGUGGUUCCAGUCUGGCAUCAACUUCCUGGCAGUGAAACCCAGCAACCUCGUCGCGUGGGAGAUCAAACAGGAAAUGGCACCGGGAAGCAGUUCGUUGGCGGUGAUGUGUCAGAGACGGGCGACCUCCACAGCAGAGAGGUUGGAAAGUCCAUCCUACGAGGUGAUGCAGCUGGAAUUCGAGGUGGAUAACGUGAUCAACCUGGUGCCGACCCAGACUCUCCACUGGAACGUCGAGUACAUAACCGGCUUGUCUUCCAGGCAAACGGAGAAAGUCUCACACCUCUACAUCAGCAACGCUGACAUACAGGGAAUCGUACCACUAGCCGAGGACACGGAGGUGGUGAACACAGCCAUCCUUACGGGGCGUCGCGUCGCAGUGCCCAUCAAACUGGUUACCGUGGAAACCGACGGGCAGGUGAGGGAGGUGGACGACUCGCUCACCUGUACCUCGACGGACGUGGACGUGGUCAAGGUUUCCCCAAACUGUGACCAGGUGUUGGUGAACGGCAAAGAAAUGCGCGGUCGGCAGUCGUUGGCAGUCGACUUCACGUACCUGCACCUUUCUGCUCAGCUGCAGCUCACCGUCUGGGUGCCCAAGCUCCCUCUGCAGAUAGACGUGUCGGAUACGGAGCUGAGCCAGGUCAAAGGCUGGAGGGUACCGAUCGUCUCCAACAAGAGACCUACCAGGGACAGUGAAGAUGAUGAGGAUGAUGAGAGGAAGGGGAAAGGCUGUACCCUACAGUACCAGUACGCCUUGGUGAGGGUCCUCACACAUUUUGUCGCAGAGCCCUCUGACCCCGGAGGGGAGAUGGUCUACAUGCUGGGUGCGGACUGGCAAGCGGACAUCACUCAUUUGGUCUUGGACCAGCUAAAGGUAGAAGAUCCUCGCGUUGCCAGAUUGAUAGAUGGACGGAUCUUGAUUGGCCGGGACCUGGGAAUUACUACGAUACAGGUUCUGUCCCCACUGUCUGACUCCAUCCUGGCAGAGAAGACUGUGACUGUGUUGGAUGACAAGGUCACCAUCACUGACCUGGGAGUCCAGCUGGUUGCAUCUCUGUCCCUCAGUAUGACAGCGAGUCCUGGGAAUUACCAAGCUAUACAGCUGACCACCACAGCCACAGACCUGCUACACACACCGAAACAGGAGGCAGCAAUCAGUGCGUGGAUCCAGUACAGUGACGGCUCAGUGACACCACUCGAUGUCUAUGACUCCAAGGACUUCCUCCUCUCGGUGGUGUCAUUGGACGAGAGCGUCGUCUCCAUAACAUCUCAGGAGCAACACUGGCCUAUUGUCGUGGCAGAGGCCGAUGGACACGGGCCGCUGGUUCGUGUAGAGAUGAUCAUCUCUGAGACCUGCCAGAAAUCCAAAAGAAAGAGCGUGCUGGCAUCUGGAGUUGGCAAUGUGAUGGUGAAGUUUGGAGCAAAGAGUGAAGACAGGGGUGUGAUGGGAAGAGGAGGACAGGACGACGGAGGAGGGAUGGACAACAGCACCACUGAGCACCAAACUAAGGAUGGAGGAGAGUGGAAGUCUAACAGUGCAGCAGUGGAUCGAGAGGAAGGAGCCAUGAGGAAGAUUAGCGCAACGACCAAGAGCACAGUGACCCAUCGGGCUUCAGGAGGUAAAGCUGCCAGUGGAGGCAGCAGCAGCAGCCGGGGUGGAGGCCCCAGCCAAGCAGGGGACUACAGUAGCUACCCAGCACAAGUCGAGGUGCCCGGCACUGGGGACAGUGAGCUGACCCAGACCACGAGAGGACUGUCGGACCUGGAGAUCGGAAUGUACGCCCUGUUGGGUGUGUUCUGUCUGGCAAUACUGGUCUUCCUCAUCAACUGUGUCAGCUUUGCCUUCAGAUACCGUCACAAGCAGGUCCCCGUGCUGGAAGCAGGAGGCAACAUGAACCACGCCCAUGACUGGGUGUGGCUCGGGAACGAGGCCGACCUUUUAGCGGACCACUCUGACCAAUGCCAGGGCGUGCUGCCAGACGAGUGCACCACCAUCAUUGACCGGAAUGAAGGAGCAUACGAGGAGAACAAGUACCUGCUGAACGGGGCCGGUAACACCUUGGUGAUGGGCGUGGGCCCGGGCAUGGGCACCAUUCGUGGGAGUGGCGGCACAGGUGGACACCGGGGCAUCGCGCACGGACAAACCUUGCCCAGAUCAGUUCCAGAACCGCAUCAGUGCCUGUCGGCAAUCACUACCGGUGGCAAAAAUGCCACUGGCCAAGCAGAGCAUCUUAAUAAUUCCCCCCGAGCCACGGCUGCAGCCGCAGUGGCGGCCGCCAAACGCAAGCGUGUCCAGUUCACGUCUUUUGCCACCGUUCUGCCCAAUGAUAAUUCGGGCGGGGGUGGCCCGUACGCCAACUCUUCAGUCCUGGUGACCAAUGGGAGCGAGGAUGACAUCAAGUGGGUGUGCCAGGAUAUGGACCUGGGUCAGUCUGAAAUCAGAACCUACAUGGAGAGGCUACAAGACAAUCUGUGA